CCCGUCAACAACUACCGCUUCGUUACCCCCACUAAAUGUUGCGCCACUGCACGCCGCACCCGACCUGAUGAAAGGAUCGGGAGCAACCUGAAGGACGUAAAUAUAAACAAAUCGCCAUCGUAAAUCUACUCUAUACUAUAUUCUACUGCUAUAUAAAAAUCAAAAGUGAACUAAACUAUUGCCUAAAUUGAAUCUCUGCGUUAAAAUUAUAAAUCAACUACUAUUGCUAGUGCUAUUGUUAAAUCUACUUAGUGAAUAACCUAGUAAAUAGCAACAUAAGCUAGACGAAAACAGUGAAGUAGUGAUCAUAACCGCGUUCAUUUGACUAAAAGCUAUUAUUGGCAUAGGUCAGUGUAAGCAUUGAGGGUACGAUCGUUCGGAAUAGACAGUGUUGCCAGAGAAUUUUAGCCGAAGCUAGAUCGCUAAAAGUAUGUAGAAAAGUUGUUGAAUUAUUGAACACUGAAUUAGAAAUUACAUUUUGCAGGAAUUUUAUAAUUGCAUUCUACCACGGAAUAAAUUGUUUUAUUUAGAUCCAGCUUCGUUGUCUCCGCAACAGUUUAUAAAAUUCUUUUAGAUGUCGAAGAAAUCGUCAAGGUCUGUACCCAACAUGCAGGUUCCAGCACCCGGGCAUACAGGAGGAGCCGGAAGUAAUUUCGUUGCACUGACGGCGGCGAGAAAUGUGGCCAGCAUGCCCACUGGUUAUUUCCUCCCCCCUCCUAGCGUCGGAAGACAGGUAAAUGUUGACGUUGCCAAUAAUAUUCAAUCCCGAGGAUACGGGCAAAUCAAUGCAGUCAAUGUCGGACAGCGUAACAUUGGUUCGGCGAAUAGUGUUAGGCGAAAUCCGUUACGCGAAACUCGAAGAGUUCGGGAAUAUCAGUGCCAGUUGUGUCAAGAGCGUGAUAAUGAAGAAAUGGUGCAGUGUGAUGGUUGCGAUAAGUGGUUUCACUUUGUAUGUGUGCAGGUUACGGAGGACAUCGCUAACGUCAGUUGGGUUUGCCCGUUCUGCAAGACCACAUUCGUCCCCCCCACCAGUUCCACCAAGCGAAAGACCGAACAGCAUCAAAACCAUCCAACGGGAAACAGGACGCCAUCGGUUGGAUCCAAGAGCAAGGUUGGAUCUGCUCGAAGUGAAACAAGGCGGUUGAGGGAACUCGAACUUCGAAGGCUCGAGGAAGAGUUCGAAAUGGAGAAGCGGUUUCUUGAACAAAGGUACAAGGUUCUAAAGGAAUACGGUAGCGAAUCAUCGUCAGUGGCGGAGAUCAAUGAAUCAGACCACGCGGCGAAAGUAGAGGAGUGGUUAGCUGAAACGGAACGUGCCGGCGAAGCUGAAGAUUCCGGAUUAGAUGCAGAGGAGGCAAAUGGGCACAUACCGAACGUCUCGGAUAAGCUCGAGGAGCACCAAGCUCUGGAUGUCGUCCAGCAGAUUCGGAAUCCAUCAACUAUUCAUACCAAGCAGCGUGAUGCGCGCUCCCAGGUAUGUCUUCAGGCGCAGUUGGCACAACAGCAAGACCAAGUGGUUCAGCCGUUCGUAUCUCCAUCGGCACAAGAUGCACAGCAGCACCAGGGCCUUAUGUACCAGCUUCGAUUGACUUCAACUCGUUCUGGUCCAUUUGCCCAUCAGCAACGUAACAGCAGAGCGACGGUCAUGCCUCCUUCAAUCCCAGAAGCUUCCUUCCAGCAGCCAACACGAGAGCUGCCAGCUCUAGAGUUCGCCCAAAUGAGCAUCCACGCCCGACCGAUGUUUCCAGCGGAAUUAGGCGAUGGCUUCCCGCAACAUGCGUCGCAUCAUUCUUCACGGAAUCGACCUCAGACAAAUCCAAGGCCGGCGUUCAUCUCUUCGACGAUGUCCGGUAUCCGGAUAGGUCACAAUACCGCAACUCGUACUCAGCCGCAAAUUGAUAGCCAAGCGACGGAUAUACCUUCUGCAAUUCCAGCAGCAUACUUCCACCAGCCAGCACGAGAGCUGCCAGCUCUCCAGUUCGCCCAAAUGAACGUUCAAGCUAGACCGUCAUUCCCAGCGGAAUUUGGUGAUGGCUUCUCGCAUCGACCACAGACCAUGAAUCCAAGACCGGCGUUCAUCCCUUCGACGAAUCCCGGUAUCCAGACCAUGAAUCCAAGACCGGCGUUCAUCCCCUCGACGAAUCCCGGUAUCCAGACGGGGCACAAUACCUUCAUUCCAGGUCAGCAAUCAACACCGAUACGACCUGAUCACUCGCAACAAGGUGAAGUAGCGACGAUCCCCUACGAGACAGUGUGCGUUCUCAACCGAAGUCAGAUUGCGGCGCGUCAGGCGGUUUCAAGAGAUCUGCCCGAGUUUGACGGUACAUUGGAGGACUGGCCGCUAUUCUACGCCAUGUUUAACUCGUCUACGCAGAUGUGCGGAUUCACAAACGAGGAGAACAUGUUAAGACUGCGGAAGUGCCUGAAAGGAAAGGCAUUGGAUGCUGUUAGAUGCGAGUUACUUCACCCGUCGAAUGUAGCGGAUAUACUGUCUACACUUAAGAUGCUCUUUGGACGAUCAGAAGCGAUCAUUCUAUCCAUCGUUAAAAGAAUCAGAAGUCUUCCAUCACCGAACAUGGAGAAGCUCGAAACGGUAGUCAAUUUUGCAUUGACAGUGAAGAACAUGAUCGCGACGGUCCGAGCGUGUGAAGUUGAAGAUUUUAUUUUCAACGCGUCUCUCCGGUAUGAGCUAGUGGAACGUCUGCCGGCAUCCCUGAAGCUGGACUGGGCGAGAAUUGCUCGUGGUAUCCCAAACCCAAAUCUCGCCGACUUCAGUGCAUGGUUAUAUACCGUAGCGGAAGAUGCUAGCACGGUGAUGCCUACUUCAGGUCAUGAUCAGCGAAGUCGAAAUGUCAAGAAGGACGGGUACCUAAAUUUUCAUUCCGAAUCGGACUCAAGCGACGCGAAACCAUCUGAGUUACUCAGUGAACCAAUACGGGUUGUAACAGAUCCCGAGAAAAACCUGUGUGUGGUGUGCAAGGGCAACUGUUCGACGGUUUCACGGUGUAACAGAUUUGAGGGUUUCAGCUACGAUUCGAAGUGGGCAACAGUUAAGGAAUGCAAGCUAUGCCGAAAGUGUCUUCGCAAACACAACGGCUCCUGCAAACAGCAAAAACAAUGCGGCAUAAAUGGGUGCAUAUACUUGCACCAUCCUUUACUCCACAAUCAGAAUAGCCACCAGGAUAAGGCGUCAACAUCAAAGCUACCGAUGUUUCCUUCUGAACCGAAACACCCGGAACAAAGUUGUAAUCUGCAUCAAGGACAGUCGGCAGUAUUAUUUCGCAUUCUCCCUGUCAUACUGUAUGGAUCGGAGAAGGAGGUGAAGACUUAUGCAUUUAUCGACGAUGGAUCCGAGCUAACUUUGAUGGAACAAAGCCUGGCAGAAGAGCUUGGUGUCGAAGGACCUAGAAAGCCCCUGUGCUUGAAGUGGACGGGUGGUACGCGGUAG